AUGGGCACGUCGAGGUACGUGGCUUGCGCGCUUCUGCUCAUUUGCCCGCUAGCGCUCACGCGACAUGAUGACGACUUCGCCUUUGAUAACAACGAAGAGUUUCAGGUUGAACUGACAGCAAACCAUUCAGAGAUAGCAAAAAAUGGCCUACGAAGAUUAUGGGGUGUUCCUGAUACAUCGGCCUAUGUCGGACAUUUGUUCCGCAUGGAAAUCCCUAAAGAAGCGUUUUCCGGAGAAGUUUUAGCAUAUAAGGUCCGAAGUGAAGAUGGCCGCCGCCUGCCCAGCUGGCUGGCCGUGGACACCAAACACGGUUUGAUCAGCGGGGUCCCGCAGCGGCAGGACAUAGGCUCACACAACUUUAGGGUAACUGCUCAUGGGCGCACACAUGGCUUGACUGCCAUGGAUACGUUUAGCGUUGAGGUGAAAAAAUCCGAAGAAAAGCCGCAGUCUCGAUAUGGGACGUGUAUUAACAACGAAAGCAGACUGGUCCUAGUUAUACUCAUAGAUACAGCAUUCCACAAGAUAUUGCCGCGUCAUAGGAUACGAGCGCUCAUGGAAUUAGCUAGCUUCAUGGCGCUUGACGGGGAUGAGUUCUGGAUGGAGCCCUACAAAGUGGAGCAUACACAAGGUCACGCGGUCAUAUUGAGCGGCCCGGGAACAACGAAACGAAGACACAGCGAAGCGACCACUGCCAUUUAUUUAAAUGUCGGUUGCGGAGAAAAGCUAUGGAGUAGACACAAGGUGCUGGUAGCGGGUUUACGGGAGCAGUCAAGAGAUGGCACUCUUCACCAGUUACUUCAGCUUCCAGUUUUGGGCUGGAGGCUGCUUGCUGUUAAACCUAACUCCAGGCUUAAGAGACAGUCGGAUCCAAUGGAUGGUUCAGGUGAUUACGACAAUUAUGAUGGCGAAGAAGACCCCGCGGACUACAGCGGUUAUGAUGAUGAUGACGAUGACUUCGAUUCACAAAUUGAUAUUGGAGCAGUCCCUGAUCUGGUGGAACCCCCCACUUCCCCGCACCCACACCGCCACCACCAUGGCCAGCCCGACUUCGCGCCAACCACCGACACGUUUCAGAACGAGCUCGACUCGCCGGAGACGCAAACCCCAGAGCCCUAUACACCCCAAACACCUCUAAUCCCUCAAACUCCCCAAAACCCCAAUACGACCCCUGCUACCCCCUCCGACACAACGCGGGCGCUAACAGAGGAUUACCAAGAACUCGCUACUAACGCGUAUACAGCAGAGGAUCAUAAGGUCAAAAUCACUCCGUACUCGGAGUCUGCUUCCGAGGCAAGCAGUGUCAACUUCUCAAAGGAACCAGCGCCAGUGAACAGAAACCUCGAUGAUCAUUCUCCUAUACUGAUUGUCCCAGAGGAAGUAACCACAUCGACGGAAGCUGAACUUCAAACGGUAAUAAUACGCGCAUCAAACGAACUACCUCCGAUGCCUUCCUCCGAAACCCCCUCAACUAUGCCAGUGGAGACCGAGCCGGCGACAAGUUCGACGACAUCGACAACAUCAACAACGUCGACAACUUCAACGACGUCGACAACUACAACAACAACUGCGGCGCCGACAACACAGUUGCCAACAGUGACCCUGACAACUCCGACAACUGUUUUGACCACCCCAGAAAGUACAACGGAGGAAGUAACAAGACAGGAGACAGUAAUAUCGUCGGAGAGGACUAGUACGAUAAUAGGACGCACUACGGAAACAGUUACGUUUGCAAUGCCCAUCAACCAGCCGCCGACGCUCAAGCAUCAUAUGAAGAAACUCGCAAUCACCGCUGGAAAGGCGUUCAGAUACAUCAUACCUGCAGAUCUGUUCACGGACCCAGAAGAAGGCAGCAAUCUGACCUUUACGAUGUACGAGGCUGAAAAUGUACCGCUUAGCCAAAACUCAUGGAUUCAGUUCAUUCCUAGCGAGAGAGAGGUUUACGGAUUACCGCUUGAAGCUCACGUGUCUCGCUGGAAUUUCAUAGUAGAAGCGCGUGAUAGCGAGGGUCUCCUUGCACGGGGACCUCUCGAUAUCACAGUGCAACAGCACAAAAGCGCUAGAACUAUCAAUCACCACUUCACCAUGCAGUUCAAGUUGAUGAAGCCCUAUACGAACACCAUUGACUGGCAAAUCCGGGCUUUGGAAGGAAUUGUGAACCUCUUCAGAGAUACAGAUAUGGAUCAUCUAACAGUGUUGAACGCUACCCUCAUUGGGGAUAUGUGCGAGUUUGUAUGGACCAAUGACACGCUCCCGAAGGAUACUGCUUGUCCAAUGGAUGAUAUUAAUCGGCUUAUGAAGAUAUUAGAAUCGGAGAGCCAACCCGGAUCCCCAUCAGCGGGUCUCGCUCGAGCGAUGUCUCCCGAGCUGAAAGUGAGUGCCGUGGGUUGGCGCGGGCUGGGCAGGUGUGCGGUGGCUCCGGCCACGAAGGCUCCUGACACCUAUCCACCCGUCACCAGGAACCAGGUGGACCAUCUAACGGCUACUGUGGGACAUCUUCUCGUUUACAAGGUGCCUGAGGACACAUUCUUCGACCCAGAAGACGGUGGUACCCGCAACUUGCACUUGUCUCUACGAUUCAGCGACCGUUCUGAAAUCCCAUCCAACAACUGGUUGCAAUUCGAUGCCAACAACCAAGAGUUCUACGGCCUACCCUCCGCCAACGACCAAGGCAGUGUUCAUUACCAACUGAUCGCAGAAGAUUCAAGCAAGAAGAGCGCAUACGACAGCCUCAUAGUUGAAGUAGCGAAGGCGCCGACGAUCCGACCCACGGUAGAGUUCCAGAUGACAAUGGAUCCUUCACCUAAUCUGAUGCAAACGGCUGCAAAUAAGAGGAAGAUCGUGGAGAAGUUGGGCGCUUUGUUCGACCAGAAGGAGACGGAGAACAUCAGAAUUCAAAGCAUUACUGAUAAUCCUCCAACUAUUAUAUGGUACAACACAAGCCUACCAAUGGACAGGUGUCCCAAACGAGAAAUUGAAGAAUUACGCAACUCUAUAAUCGUUGACGAAAGGGGGGCAAUGGGUGGAAACCUCAAAGAGAAGGUGGAUCAGAUCUUCGAUAAAGACCUUAAAGUGAUGUCCAUACGGCUCAUACCUUUGGGUCUUUGUGCGGAGCAGAGUACGAAGAUAAUUAAGCCCUCGACGCCAAUCGGAAAUGCGAAUAGCAAAACUCAAAACGCAAGUCCAGAGUACUCCGAUUAUUUGGUGACGUUCGUGAUUCCGGCCGUGGUUAUCGUGUGUAUGAUUCUGCUGGCGGGAAUCAUCGCCUGUGUCUUGUAUCGACGGCGGAGAACCGGAAAAAUGAGCGUUGGCGAUGAAGAAGAGCGCCAGGCGUUCCGGUCAAAGGGUAUCCCAGUCAUCUUCCAAGACGAGUUGGAAGAGAGAACUGACACUGAGCCUGUCGACAAGAGUCCCGUCAUCAUGCGCGAAGAGAAACCGCCCUUGCUCCCGCCCGCCCCAGACUACAGGUCGGGAGAGGACGCGCCCUACAGACCGCCCCCGCCCUUCGCAGCUUCCAGAACGCCCCCAAGGCCCAAAGCGACCCCCACGUACAGAAAACCGCCACCGUACGUGCCCCCUUAA